CUCUCCAGUCUCCGCCACCACCACGCCCCUUGCUUCCCCUUCGCUUUUAUCCUCCUCUCGAUCCGGCGCUGGCACACACGGUGGUUAUGGAUGGGCCGUUGGUUGCCUUCAUGGGAGAGUGCGGCCUUUGAGGUCUUCAGCGUGGGUGUGGAGGAGCGGGAAGAGGUGAGGAGGAUGACAACAUGGGAAAAAAGCAGCCAGAUCAAAGCUCUCGUCGCCGCUCGCGUUGCCAUGGAGUGGAGGGUCGCCGUUGGCCGCAUCACAAACAAGCGAGGACGAGGACAACGCCUGGAUUCGGCGAUGGCAUCAUAAGAGGCCUGGGCCUCCUCCACGGACAAGGUGGCGGCGCACUUGGCGGCGGCGAUCUGAGCACCAGUUCAAGUACUCUGUCGGCUGUGGCUGGAACACCUGGCAUCACUGCCAUCAAAACGCCAUUGCCAAAUGCCUCUGAAAUUAAUUAUAAGCAAGAGUGGUACGGCUUGCACAAUGUGGCAUUUUAGCCGAUAAAAGUCAUUCGUGUUUUAGACACAAAAGAAAAAGAUUGAGGCUGAAGCACCAACCACAAGCGGUGCCACAAAAACAUGGACAGGGGAACACUCGAGCGCAUGCCGCGCCCAACUAGAGCAGAGCGGCAAAAGAGACAAACAAACUUGAGGGCAAAAUCCAUUAACUACUAUAUAUACCGGAAUCAUCACAAACGUUUUCUGAAGAAAAGCUUCAGGCUUCUGCAGUUUUCAUUCUUCACGGCGCAGAGGUUACAGAGGUCAGAUGAUGUGUGCAAGGAAGGAAAGAUGCAGACAAGCAACGCCGAAGACGUCUUCAAAGCGCUUGAUGAGAUUGAGUUCCCAGAGUUGGUAGAGCCCCUGAGGACUGCAUUGGAUGGUCUGUGUUGUUGUCUACUUGUCUCCUCAAUUCUUUUACAGUCCGAUGUUCUUUGAGUUUAGAUGUUGCAUGAAUAAAUAAUCUAUGUGGCAAUGCAAGUGAAUGGUGCAGUGGCUCAAUGCUUUAGAUUGUUGGUGAGAAUCUGGGAGCAUACAUAAAUAGAUGUUGUUAACAACAAUGGAAUUUAUAAAAUGGGAGUAUAAAUAAAUAGAAGUUGUUAAAUCAAUUGAUUUUUAUUGACUCUAUCUCUAUAUCCUUAUGUACGAGGGAUUGCAU